AUGCUCGAAGAUAUUGCAGCUAAAUAUCCCAAUGUCGAAUAUCAGGAAGAUGUUGAACUAUUCGAAAAAUUUGCCGAAGAGUGGCCUGCUCGCAAGGCAGAUAGAAGCAUUUCUGGACCAUUUGGUAAUCUACCCGUACUCCAUUGGAACAAUACACACAUUAUUGCACAAACUCUACCUAUCGGGCAAUUCAUAGCACGUAAAUUCGACUUAUACGGUAAACCGAAACCAACCAAUGAAGAUCCUAUUGUUUUUCAAGCUCUUAUCGAUGGUGUUGUCUCCUGUGCCUACACCGAUAUUAUAUUUAAUAUAUUCAUGGUCCUCUGGAAUCAGGUAGAUUUUGACGAUUCAACUGAUCCAUAUGCUCGACUAGUGAAAAAAAUUGCUGGUGAUCUCAAGAUGUUGAAUGAUCUUCUUGCAAAGAGUUCAACAUCGUUUUUCUACGAUCAAGAUGAGCCAACUAUUGCGGAUUAUUUCGUAUUUUAUGCGUUUACACUUGCGAAAGAUGUUCAUUCGGCUUUGUUACCAGCUAAUGAAGAUUCACAAGCAUUGGACAAACUUGAACAAGUAAUGAGAAAUCGUCCAGCAUUGGCCAAAUAUUUUAACGAAGGUCGUCUAUACAAUCGAUUCAGUGGCUCACCGACAGAAGAGCAAUAUCGAGCGAAACUUGUCGCAAAGAAAAACUGA